AAAUGCUGCACCUCUGAAUGCAUAUAAAAUGAACGAUCAUACAAUAGUCAGUCAUUCGUUAGUUUGUGCUCACGAAGAAUACUUAACAACAUGCUUAAAUACGUAACAAUUCUGUGCGUGCUCGCUGCGCUUAGCGCUGGAGCUCCUCAACAGGACGUACAAAUCCUGAGAUUCGACAGCGACGUACAACCGGACGGAUACAGCUUUGCGUACGAGACCAGCGAUGGUACUUCAAGACAAGAAGAAGGAAAACUAGACAACCCACAAUCCGAAAACGCAGCCCUCACUGUGAACGGUCAAUACUCCUACGUCGCUCCCGACGGAAAGAAAUACUCUGUCAUAUUCACCGCCGGUCCUAAUGGCUUCCAACCCAAAACCUCCCUGGGACAAAAGUAAACCAAUCAAAUAAAAAUCUGGUAAAACUUAUGACCGUGUAAAUAAUAAUCUUGGUCGGUACCAGAGAAACGCGUAACUUAAUAACAGAAUUAUCGAUCUCAUCAAUAUGCUUAAUGCACAGACAGGAAUGAGAAUCACUGUAUCUUACUUGUGCCAUAGGAUACAUUUUGUAUGUUUUACAUUUUUAUAAUAUAAAUAAUAAAUAAUUGAGGAACA